AUGAAUCCUCCAAUACCCUUCCCCUCGCCGCCGUCUCUGACCCCCAAACCCCCGAUUCCCGCAUCCGAAGCCACAAAAACGAAACUCGGCAAGUUUCGCUACGAGGCUCAGGCCGACGACGAUUCACUUCAAGUUAGCCACGCCGCCGACCAGCUGCAGUCCAGGCCAGCCCACGCCGACCAGUCAACACCUGUCACGAGAUUAAACUGGCGCGAUCUGGAGCCUCUCUCCAAUGCAGAAGACACCGACAAGGACGCCUCCCCCAAUGACCGCAUUCUCUGGGACAACAAGCAAGCCAGCAGCUAUGGCUCCGGCCUGUCACCAAUGCUCGGCCGCAAGGGCAAGAAGCGUGCCAGAAGCUCGUCUCCGAUUUCCUCACCCGCUGCCGAUAAGCCAAGCGCCCCUGCCGUCAACAUCAAGAGACUGACAAACGCCUUGCGCUCCCCAAACCCCGACCCGACGUUGGAGCUCUGGGACAGGUUCUCUCUCGCCAGUCCCGCCAACCAAAAAACUCCAAUCGCACAUCCCGCCCUCGCCCAGCUCAUGGUCUCCUCUUCUCCCCAGCCGAAUAAACAAACCGUGUCGCAACCUGGACGCCUCAACAUGCGUCGUGUUGUUAGCUGUGGCCUCAAUUGGCCCAAGCGAAGAAAGCUCGAAAAGUCCAAGUCCGGCAGUCAGCUUGCCAGAGACCAGCGCGACCUCGAAGCGGCCUCCAAAUCGUCACUCGUAUCUGCUCUCCUGAGUACAGUCACCAGCAGUAUACAGCAGGACAGUUUCAGUGAUGCCCAUCAUUCUGUCGAGUCGCCGUCAGCAAAUAGAAGAAGCCAGGUUCAGAUAGGGGAACCUCCUGCCUACGUCCCCUGCAAAGCGGAUGGCGAAGAAGCUUCCAGAGAUUCCUCGGACUACGGCGAUGAUGAAUUUGACGAUGACGCACUUAUCGAACUCGAAUUAACCACCACCACUGCCCCUGCGACACAGGCUACUCCGAUAAAGCCGAAAGCGGGCAUGCCCUCCGCUGCCAUGCCAACGAGCCCAGCAUCGGAUGACUUUGGCGAUGUAGACGAUGAGCUGUUCGAUAACGAAGAGCUAGUCAGGCUAUCACAGAAACCAGUCCUAUCUGCGGCGUCAACCAAGCCUGCUGCCAUCCAAAAGAAGCCAGCCGCAGCCCUGAAAAACCCGGAUGACGAAUUCGACGAUGAUUUCGCCGAAGAUAUAGAUUUUGAGGCUGUCGAGUUGGAAGCGACACAAUCAUUCCAACGGGCCAAAGCCGAUGCUGGCCGCACCAAAAAAGACAAGACCAUCCAACGAUAUUUAAUAACCAGCGUACUGGAUGGCGAAUACAUCGACCAGUAUAACGUGACCCGGCCUGAGAAGAUCCUCUUGAUCAAGGCAGAUAACUCUCAAGUGACACGCCAAGUUCAACUCCGCGGCGCAUGGUACGACACGCCGGCUCACGCCAAGUCGUACGUACAUAUCAUUGGGGACUUUUCUGCCAAAGGACAAUGUGCUGUGGACGACGCACACAACCUCCUUAUUCUUCACCCCGACCAACUUGUCUCCGCUACCGUGGUUGCCGACUCGUUUGGCUGCAUGCGCCGUGCCGUUCUGCAAGACCGAGUCAAAGCUACCAGUGAGGCGUCCGCGCCCCUGGUAUAUGGAACAAUGCUCCACGAAAUCUUCCAAGACGCUCUCCUUGCGAAUCGAUGGGACCUUCCCUUCCUUCACCAGUUGAUUGAGAAGAUUACAGAGAAGCACGUCGAAGAGCUGUACACCAUCAAGGUCGGGCUGCCCAGCGCACGCGAGCACCUCCAGUCUAAAAUGAUGGAACUAAGUUACUGGGCAAAGUCAUUUGUUUCUUCGCACCCCAAUAACGAUGCUGUUGUGGAAGAUCGAAACGGCAAAAAGGCUACCAUGGCUGUCACGAAAUUACUCGACGUCGAGGAGCAUGUCUGGUCGCCAAUGUACGGCCUCAAAGGCAACAUUGACGCAACUGUUGAGGUAAACAUGAUGGAUGGCAAGCAAUCGCGAACAUUAACGGUCCCAUUCGAAGUCAAAACCGGUCGCAAUGCAAGCAGCAGCCAUAUGGCACAGACCGCGCUCUACACCUUGUUACUAUCUGAUCGUUAUGACAUUGACAUUGCCUAUGGUGUGCUCUACUACAUGGAGACCUCCAAGACGAUGAGAAUCCCCGCCGUCCGACAUGAGCUUCGACACAUGAUUAUGCAAAGAAACCAGCUUGCCUGCUACAUUCGCGAACGUAGCGUUCAGCUACCACCAAUGCUGAAAAGCAAGCAUAUGUGCGGCCGGUGCUAUGCAAAGCCAUCCUGCUUUGUAUAUCAUCGCCUAGCAGAUAACGGCGAUGGCGAAUCCAGCGGAAUGGAUGAGAAAUUUGACGAGCUUGUGCAGCAUCUCACUCCACGCCACCAAGAUUUUUUUGUCAAGUGGGAGAACUUACUUACGAUGGAGGAAAAGGAAAGCCAAAAGACGAAACGAGAAUUGUGGACAAUGACUAGCAAUGAGCGAGAAAAGAAGUCGCGAUGCUUUGCCGAUGUCAUUAUCGAAGAGGGAUCUGCUUCGGAAGACUCUGACACGCCACGUAUCAACCGCUUUCACUACACUUUUAUCAAGAGAAAGCCUGAGCCGGGCUUCUCCUUUCUAGAAUCCGAGAUUGGCGUUGGCGAGCCGGUUGUGGUGUCCGAUGAGGAGGGUCAUUUCGCCCUAGCAAUUGGCUACGUCACAGCAUCUCGCAAGCAGAGAAUCAGUGUCGCUGUUGACAGGCGGCUGCACAACAGUCGCAUUCGCCAGCCCGGCUUUGACGAGCUCGAUAAUCAAGUAUUUGCCAGCAUCAUGGAGGUCGCUCCGGAAGGGGCCUCUGUGGAGCAGAGUCAAGGCCGAAUUAAAGAGGCGCCGAUACGAUAUCGCCUCGACCAAGACGAAUUCAGCAACGGAAUGGCGACUGUGAGGAACAACAUCGUACAGAUCAUGAACAAUCAGUUCCCCGAAGCAAGGCGCAUUAGAGAGCUUGUCGUCGACCUUGAAGCCCCUCGAUUCAAGUACAUUCCGACGCAGUACACCGUCUCUGAUCGAGAAAGCUUGAACGUCGAUCAGAAGAAGGCGAUCGAAAAGGUCAUGAGUGCACAGGACUACGCUCUAGUCUUGGGCAUGCCAGGAACGGGAAAGACCACAACAAUUGCUCACAUUAUUCGGGCUCUCACUUCCCAGGGCAAGAGUGUGCUGCUUACAUCGCACACCCACACGGCUGUGGACAACAUUUUGUUGAAGCUCAAAUCUGACAAAAUGAGGAUUUUGCGACUCGGAGCGCCAGCCAAGGUUCACCCCGAAGUGCAAGAAUUUGCGACUCUUGCAGGUCAGCCCAUGAAAACCUUUGACGAGAUCAAGGAAGCUUGGCACGAUAGCCCAAUCGUGGCAACAACCUGUUUGGGCAUCAAUCAUCCUGUAUUUCAGGAGCGCGCUUUCGACUACUGUAUUGUCGAUGAAGCUUCUCAAAUUACUCUUCCCAUUUGCGCAGGACCGAUCCGCAUGGCUAAGACAUUUGUGCUUGUUGGAGACCACAACCAGCUUCCACCGGUUGUAAAGAAUGAAACGGCACGCCAGGGUGGUCUUGAUGUGAGCCUGUUUAAGUUGCUCUCAGACGCACAUCCCGACUCUGUUGUCAACCUAGCACAUCAAUACCGAAUGUGUGAAGACAUUAUGACGCUAAGCAAUACCUUGAUCUACGACGGCAAACUUAUCUGUGGCACAGAACAGCUGCGAAAGAAGAAGCUUCAUGUUCCAAAUAUGAGGGCCCUGACACAGCGACACCACAACGCCUCAACCGUGCUCCUUCCUGGAACUCCUCGGUCAUUUUGCAAAGGGCCUGCCCCGUCCCAAUGCUGGCUGUAUGAUCUUCUGGAAAGUGAAGCGCGAGUCCGUUUUGUCAAUACUGAUGCUAUUCAACCCGCUGCUCGCGAAGAGGCGCAUGGAAAACGCAUCGUCAACUCGGCGGAGAUUCGGAUUGUUUCACAGUUGGUUGAGAGUCUUAUAACUGUUGGCAUUCCCGCGAGCGAGGUCGGCGUCAUGACUCACUACAGAUCACAGCUGUUUUUGUUGAAGGACAGAUUAAAGGGCUAUCCUGGAGUGGAGAUGCAUACCACCGAUCGAUUUCAAGGCCGGGAUAAAGAGGUUAUCGUUUUGAGUUUGGUGCGCAGCAACGACGCAUGCAAUAUUGGCGAUUUACUACGUGACUGGCGGCGAAUCAACGUUGCUUUUACCCGCGCCAAAACUAAGCUUCUUGUAAUCGGCAGCAAGAGCACACUGAGCGGCAGCAAUGUCAGCAACAAGGAGAACAUGCUCAGUCGCUUCGUGGCACUGAUGGAGCAGCGCGACUGGAUCUACAAUCUACCUGCCGAUACGCUUGACAGUCAUUAUUUCGAAGAACUUGGCACCCAGGCAACAAGCAUGGGUGGCACACAGGCCGUGUCGCCGCACAUUCACAAAAGGAAGUCACCAAGUGCCAAAAGGUCAACAACAAUGGCACCCGGGAAGGAGAACCGGCGUCCGUCGCCCAGAAAGGCGCGGAUUGGCGAGAGAACGUUGCUCAAGGAUAGGCUGAUCACAAGGGAUAUCAUUAAUGAGAUGACGAAUGGAGCGUAUUGA